AUUCAAAUUGAAACCGUACCCCGAGCGUGCGAGUGUUUCCCGCUGUUCUCGUGUCCUGUGAAGUCGUAAUUAAAGUUUUAACGCAGAAACGAAGUGAUUAUUGUUUAGUGUGAAAAAUAGCAGUCGUUUUUGGAGGUUAACUCAUCGCCAGCAUUGAAGUUUUGUGUUGCAAGGUGAAAAGGUGUAGUUUGUGUACCGUGGGUUGUAUUACGGAUAGAGGAACUCAAAAAAGAAAGAAGCCGCCAGACGAUCAGACGCGUACAGCCGUAUAUAAAAUUCUGCACUACAUAGACUAGCAUCAUUCAUUAUCCGCCUACAACUUCCAUUAUGUCUGCUGAACAAGUAUCCAGCGCCGAAGUCAACCGUCGAUCUGCUCCGACAAAAAAACCCACUAAAACUCGGACCAAACAGCCAAAAGCAUCAAAGAAGGUGAAAUUUAUAACUACUGAGAUCCGUUGCCAGGAAAAGUCGAAAGGAGGCUUGUGCUAUGAAGUAAUCUUGGCAGAACCAGCUGGUAACGUGGCGUUACCGAAGCUACCACCAACCCAAGGCAAGAAUGUAUCCGCCGAGGAAAUCGAAGAGAAGCUAAAGGCUGCGGAGGAACGCAGAUUGUCCUUGGAAGCAAAGAAGAUGGCUGACUGGUCGGCAAAGAUGGCCAAAAUUGAGGAGGCUUCUCGCAAGAAAGAUGAGCUGGACAAGGAAUUUAAAACACAUGCCAAGGAGGUGCUUCACACCAAGAUGGAACAGUAUGAGGAAAAGCGAGAACAACAGUUGUCGGAAAUAAAGGAAAAGCUAAAGACACACGCAGCCGAUAUUGAGAAGACGAGACAAAGUUUGGAACAGCAGAAGGUCGAGGAGCUGCAAAAGCAUCUGGAAGAUAAAUUGCGAAAUGCUGCCACUCUUCGCGAUGAUAACAUCAAGAAAAUUCUGGAUCGGCUAAAGGAACACAACACUGAUAAGUUGAACGAAGUCCGCGCAGCCUGCUACCAGACCGAAGCACAAAAGUCCACCGAAAAGACGCGUAUCAUCGAAAACAAGCUGUCCACCGCCGAACAAAAUCGUGAAAAGGAACUCCAGAAGAAAUUGGAAAACAUUCGCAAGCACGAACGACGUGCCGAAUUGGUUCGUCAGAACAAGGCGGCCCUGGCUCAAAAGACCGAUGUUACUGCUUCGUCUGGCUAGGCCUUGAAUCAAUAUGCGCAUGCUAAACGUACAUAAAAGCACAUACACACGAAUUGCUAACACUAACAAAGAGAAAAAGUUGCAUAAUUUAUGUAUCGGAAGUGUAGACACGUAACCCCGUAAAAUGUGUCACCUUUUAUUUCAGAUUUGUUUUAAUUAAUGAACCAAUUAGUGAGUUUUUGCGUUCUGCAGAUAGAAUGAGCCAUAUUUAAUUUAAAAGCAAAUAUACACAUAAAAUCAAAGAAGAAAUCGAUCCCAUUGUGAUGAAAGGCAGGCAGCCGUUUGAAAACGCCAAUGACCUAUUGUGAAAAGUGAAAAAGCAUUAGCCAAUCGAGAACCAACUGAUCAAGAUCAAUAGCAUUAUCUAACACGUAGCAUAAAGAAGAGGAAAACAAAACAGUGGAAGUACUAUCGAACAACUAACGUGCGCAUUGAACCAAGUAGAUAGUUAGAUUACGAACAUCAACUUGAAGAUCUGUUGCGACGGGUGUGGAGCUCAUGCAGCUGUAUUAAGCAUCUAAAACCACGAUAUUUUAUUUUUGUAAGUUUUAUUUGUGAAAAAUUUUAGCUCAUCCCUCACAUGGACGUGCAAAACGAAUGCCCAUAUGGUUCUGUCAUCAGUCAGCAGACAGCUAUGAGAGCUUAAUGGGGGAAAAUAACAUCUCAAUCAGAAGCGCUAGGAAAGGCAGCAUGCAUGCGACUCUAGCGAAAAAGUAAAAUGAUACGAUACGAGUAAAACGAUAAAGCUAAAGAAUGAUAAACAGAGCUCAACAAAGCCCGCACAAACGAUGAAGACUAACUAGAGAUUUACCUUUGAACUGCCCUCGUUCGUGUGGUACAUAAGACCUUUCUGAAAGGCUCGAUGCUAAAUGUAUCUGAACACAGAGAAGAAAAAAUGAACCGGUAUCAACAACAACUUAGUUCUUCAACGCUGCGCAAACGGCGCGAUGAAUGCAGAGCGUACAAGAAUAACACGACAGCAACAGAAAAAAAACGAGAGAUUAAUAACAUACUAACAGGAAGUAGAAAUAGAGCUAAAAACAAAUGAAGCAAAAUAAACACAGCAAAUACUUAAUGAAACAAAUAUUUACCCUCUCCAACUUUUUUUCUCACACCAUAAUGAAAACGCUAUAGACAAGCAAGUACGUAUGCAAAAAAAAGAAAAUAGAUAAACAACAUGUAAAGGGCACUGUUUAAUGCGUCGUCGGACACAGCUUCCACGAGUUAUAAAGCGCACAACCAAGCGCAACGCUGGCUGAAAGACGUCGAUGCUCAUCAUAUGCAGUAUUUAAUACGCUCUAACUUUAUCAAUGCAGAGCCAAAGCAGGAAUUGAAUGAAUACGGCGUUUGCGUUAACGGCGCCUUAAUCCAAUGGUGAAUCUGUUGAGUGGAAUGAACUGGCUAAGGAUAUUUGGAACGGCAAGCACAAGCUGCAAUGAUGGAACAAAUAAAUCAGAGCACUGAAGCAAGGGUCGCAAUUCGAGUCGUGAACAUCGUGGACAAUGGAAAGAUAGGGAACGGUGAAACCCCUGAAAAGAAAGGCACACCACCUGUAUCAAACGAUGCAGUAGGUGCUGCAAGUAGGAUAAAGAGAAAAUAUCGCAAUGUAAAACAAAUCGCAACAGCAAAACACAGGUACCCAGCGUACAGCGCAACGCAAGAAAGAUGUAGGGAAACAUUGUAAAACGGGGAUUAAAACGCAAGACAGCAAGCAAAACGCAUUAUAUACAUAUAUCGCCUCUGUGCCGCUAUUUAUACAUUUAUUCUAUCAAAACAAGUCACUCGGAUUGGCCGUUGGUGUCGUGAGAGACAUCCCUUGGGAGCGACGCGCGGCGUGUCGACCAACCGAGUGUUGAUUAUUCGUUCCACGCUCUCUUUCGACUUGGCAUGAGUUAAAAAGAAGGCAGGGGGGGGGGGGGGGACAGAAUAAUGCUAGUUUAUUAUACAGAUAUAAGUACACCCAUAUAUAAAAAUACAUAUAUUUACAAGUUUCUUUACGCUUUUGUGAGGGCAAAGUAUAUAAAUAGGAUGGAGACAGGAGCAGGAGGCAGGACGGAUCGGAGGAGUAAGGAUGUAAGCUUGUCGCUUUUGUGGGAAAAGGGCUAAGAAUGGGAAGGGUUAGGAAGCAAGGGAAGGAAAGGGAUAGUAAGGGAUGAUGCAAUGGGGUAAGAAUCGGCAUGCUGAUAAGUGCUUUGCUAAAGAUAAAGGAAAAAAUAAGCUUUAGGAAAAGGAUCAUUUGCACAACAAAACGUACGUGUGUUGCGAGAGGCUCGGCAGAGGUAUGAUGAACGUUUGGACGGUGAUCGCUUUUGCCUAUCUAGUGUUCGAGAGAAAGGCUGCUGCUUUUUGGUAAAUGUUCUUAUUUGUUUUGCGUUGUAACGUUUUUGCUCCUGUUGUUCGUUGCCGCUCAGUUAGCUGAAGAUAACCGAAAUUGGAACCGAAUCGAUGUGUCUGAACGAAUCGCCUUUUGUGUAAUAAUCUAAUCAGAGUCCGGUCCGGUCGGUGCCGAAGGGUGAGUGAGUGUGAUACAAAAUCGUGUGUAUGAUCAUGUACGUGCUCGAACCGAAAAACUAUCCUUCACGCUUGUAUUAACCGCGGCCGCGGCGCUUAUCAAACUGGGAACAGUCCGAAUAAAAUGAAUCAUUGAAGCGCGCGUAUAAAAACAUUCAUAUUAAACUAAACUUAAAUUGUUUAUGUGUGCGUGUGUGUGUGUAGGAGCUUCUCGUGCGGAAUUUCACAAUCGAAAAGGACGGCUUUUUGUUCGAUGUAACGUGACAUCUGAUAAAAUUCUAUUUUAGCGAAGAUGCUGGGCAGCACAUGGGCAAUGAAGUUUUUCUUUUAAAUUUAAAAACAAAUCUGCCGAUUCUCUGUGCCAUCUCCAUUCGCCGUGUUUCACCACCAAAGCUCCCACACUGUUGAUGUUCAAAACUGUGCGCGCUGCAUUUUUUCGGACAUGUUCGCAUGCCGUUGGAAAACUAGCUAAAGACUAGCUAAUUCUUUUGACCCGUUUUUGUUUUUCUAUUGGAUUGGUGCAUUGCUGCAUUGGAGUAUGAUUUGCUAACGACGAUCGUCUUGCUGCAGCUGGAAGGCAUCAGGAAACUAGUAACACAAGCACAUCAACUGUCAGCUGGGCGUGUUGAAGCUUGAAGCUGCCUCAUGAGAUGUGUGUGUGCCGUAAGACGAUGGGCGGCGGGCUACCUAGUGUUUAAAAAAGCCAGCGAUCACAAAGCACAAAGCUAAGAAAAAGGCAUGCACACACAACACUAGCAUACAAAGCAAAAAGGAAGCAAAUGGAAAAUGUAGCAGCAGCUGAAGUUGUUAGCUAGAAUCACUAAUAAGAUAUGCAAUCGUGCGAUACCUUGUGGCGAAAGGCGGUUACAACAUUUGCGAUGAUGGUGGCACAUAACGACGGCGAUGAGGAAGGAGAUCGUGUUACAAAAAUGGUAAUUUUUUCCACCCAAAACCGAAAUAAGAUAAAGUGAUGUGUUGGAUAAAUAUAUCAUAGCAAAAAAAAAAAAAA